CCCUGCGCUGCGCCUGAACGGGGAGGCACCGAGCGGGGCAGCCCGCACAUCCCCAGCAGCACCCGCGGUGCCGGGGGGCCUCGAAGCACGGGGAGCCAUGCCGAAAUCCAAGCGGGACCGUAAGGUGUCCCUGACGCGGACGCCUAAGAAGGGACUGGAGGCCAAACAAGCGCUGAUCACGGAGCUGCGGCGAUGCGUGGACACCUACAAACACAUCUUCAUCUUCUCCGUGGCCAACAUGAGGAACAACAAGCUGAAGGACGUGAGGAACGCAUGGAAACACAGCAGGAUCUUCUUCGGGAAGAACAAAGUGAUGAUGGUGGCGCUGGGCCGGGAGCCAAGCAGCGAAUACAGGGAGAACUUACACAAGGUCAGCGAGCACCUGAGGGGUGAAGUUGGUCUCCUCUUCACCAAUCGCACCAAAGAGGAGGUGGAUGAGUGGUUCUCCAACUUCAGGAAGGUGGAUUUUGCACGAGCAGGGAACAAGGCGACCUACACAGUCAGUCUGGACAUGGGGCCCUUGGAGCAAUUUCCCCACUCCAUGGAGCCUCAGCUGCGGCAGCUGGGAUUGCCAACAGCUCUGAAGAAAGGAGUGGUGACGCUGCUUUCAGAUUAUGAAGUCUGCAAAGAAGGGGAUAUUCUGACCCCCGAGCAAGCGCGGGUCCUGAAACUCUUUGGCUACGAGAUGGCAGAGUUCAAAGUGACCAUCAAAUUCCUGUGGAGUUCGGAGACGGGCGACUUUGAGAAGCUGGCGGGAGAUGGGGAGGAUGAGGAGGAAGAGGAGGAAGAAAAGGAAGAGGAGGAAGAAGAGGAGGACGCUGACAUCAAUGAGGACUAGCAGCAAUCCUUGUGCUUGGACACUAAGCUCUAUUUUAGAGCUGAAAGAUGAGGAUGUUUUCCUUCCCUGCCUACAGGAGGACACGAUUAACUCAUUAUUCUUAAAGGUGAUCUAACUCCACCAUUUUUAUAUAAAAAUAUCUAUAAAACCCUCA